AUGGAUAAAAUAACAGCCAACUAUGAAAAAUUAACUUAUGCUAAGAUCUAUGUGGAGAUUGCGGCCAAUGUGGAUAGUCCGAGGUUCAUUGAUGUUAUACUUCGAGAUGGACCAAUUGCUUCUAUAACUGUGGAAAUUCCUUGGAUGCCUUCAAGUUGCCUUCAUUGCAACAUGUUUGGGCAUACUGAAAAGGCUUGUCUGAACAAGUCAGUUGCUGUGGAGACAAAGGUGUGGCAGCCAAAGCAGCAAACGGCUGAACCAGACGAAGUGUUGGAUAAAGAAGCAACAGAGAUAGGAAAGUGGUUACUCCAAAUAAAGGCAGGGUCAGUAAAUAGGCAUGCCAUUUUGGACACAUUGGAUGAUAAAGACAGAGGGCGUGAUGUGGUAUUGAAUACUAUUGAGUCUAGUAUGCAGGAGAUGAGAACAGAAGCAUCUAGUUCACCAAAGAAGAUAAGCGCUACCUCAGUUGGAGUUGCAAAGUGGAUGAAAGAACGGAGGAGACUAUGGAAGAAUUUAAUCACAAUUCAGAACACUCUUGCAAAUUGUCCAUGGAUCCUAACUGGUGACUUCAAUGUGAUUGCUCAUCCAAGAGAAAUUUUUGACUAUGAUGGCUCUCAAGUUCCUAGUAUCAGUACAAGAGAGUUUCAGGAUUGUAUCCGGAAGAUUGAAGUGACAGUUCAUCUAUAUGUUGAACCACUUUUCACUUGGGGUAACCAUACACGUUCAAGAAAACUAGAUAGAGUGUUGAUCAACUAUACAUGGCUUAUUCAAAUGUCAAAUUUAGUUGUCGAAUUCCUCUUACCGGAAGUUUCUAAUCAUUAUCCAGCUUUGAUUAAGAUGAACAUGCCCAGGCAGUCACCAUCAAAACCUUCUAAACUUUUUAACUUUUGGACUAAGCACCCUCAAUUUAUGAGAUUGGUGGAGAAGUUUUAG